AAACUGAGAAACUUCCUUAAGCUUGACUCAUUCCAAGCAUGACAGCUGCUUAUUGCAGCAUUUGCUCAUUGAUAGUCUUAUUGCAGUUCAGUUUUAAUUUUUCUGUUAUUCACUUUUUUAGUGUCAUUUUGUCUUGGCAGAUAGAAUAAUGUGACAGUCAUUUUUAAACCCCUUUCUCAAUAUCUGUUUUUUAAGAAAAUAGUUACUUGACCUGGUAUACUUUGAAGAGGUGCUCUCUCCUUGAUGUUUAUUGCCUGGAUGUAUGUUAUUUGGUUGCCUGGUCUUCAUGUUGACUUUUAAUAUAUUUUGUUCCUUUUAAAAAUUAGAAGCAGAAAAUGACGUAUUUUUUGACGUGUUAAAAGGGUAGAGGACUCCACGUAUCAUAUCUUGGACAAACUCGAAUUUCAUUCUAGGAUAUGAAAGUGCAUUGAGUUGAACUUUUUUUUUGGGGGGAUAAAUAUAUCAAAUGAAUCACUAGAGGCAAUGAAAAUAAGGAUGUUUAGCGACUCCAGUUUUGAUCCAUUGGCCUUUUUUGAUGAUGAUGAGUACUUGUCAGCUGAGAGUAACAUUGAUAUUGAAGAUUUACCAGCUGAGUUCAUCGAUGGGGAUGAAGAGCUAGAAGCUGGGUUUUACUUCUCUUUACCUGAUAUUUUGCUCCCAGAUUUUGAUUUUCAGCUGAAAGAGCCCUUGUGUCCUCCCAUGUCCGACAACGAUUUUCUUCGGUACUAUUCCAUUAAACCUCCUUUUGUAUCCGGCCUUGUGUUGAUCCCAAAACAUACAUCACAAAGACCUCAACCUGAGUAUGUCUCGCUCAUACAAACUCACACCAAAAUUCCAGAUAUUUCAUUUCUUGUCAGCCGAAAUCUUCAGAUUUUACAAUCUUGCAAUGGUUUGUUCCUUUGUUUUUCUCCUUCCUCCCAAUUGUAUUAUCUCUGUAAUUUGGCAACUCAAGUCCCAGAGGUACUUCCUAGUUUUGUUUCUGCAAUUAACCAUUUUGCACUUAAUUUAGUUUUUGAUCCUUACACUUCGCCUUAUUACAAGAUCAUUUGUGUGCAAAAGCUAGAAUUGCAAAAACCACUUCAUCAAAUAUCUAUCUACUCGUGUGAAACUCAAACUUGGGAAUCAUUAGGGAAGCCUUUUAUAGCACCCCGUGACAUUGAUUUUAGUGAUGGAGUGUUUUGCAAUGGUGCAAUUCAUUGGAUGGGACGUACGUCGCUAGGUCUAUACUUCAAUUUGGAGGAAGAGGUUCUAAGAGAAAUGCCUAAGCCUCCACUGAAGGAAGGGUAUUCCUUGGUUAGCUGUGAAUACUUUGGGGAGUCUAAAGGUCAUCUUUACUACGUAGUCGCAUCACCGGAGUUGUCUUUUCUGGAGAUAUUUGAGAUGAAGGAAGACUAUAGUGGGUGGUUUCUGAGGAGUGUGAUUGAUUUGAAAGCUUUAGCAAUGGAUUUUCCGGUCAUGGCUCGUAGGUCUAACAACCCUCAUCCUAUCUUCCCGCGCUAUGAGUGUGAUGUGUUAUCUGUUGUACAAGGUUAUGAUGAUGAAGAUUUAGAAGUCUCACUCUCAAUUCCUGGUGAAGUCAUUAGCUACAAUCACGAGAAGAGAUCUGCAAAAAAGUUGUGUGAUCUUAGGCUAAGGCCGGAUGAUAGGGAAGUGUGGUAUAGGGUUUAUUCUUCCUAUCAAGUACUUUGAAGAAUUGAAGACAAACUGUCCUUUGUUUUAUAUGGUCCCUUCGCUUCAACCAUGCUUCAAAUUCUAUCUUUUUGUAUGAGCGCAGGAUUUUGUUUUAGCUGUACUGAUUAUUUCCCAACGUCUGACUUUCUCAGACGUGAAUAUGUAGUGCAGAAAAGAAGAGUGAAUUUUGUAACACAUGAAGAAUCAAGCAAAAUCUGUGUGCUUUUAUUAUGUGUAUUUCACUAAAAACUACUGUAUAUGACUUGAACUACUUUAAAUGUGUGGUAAUAUGACUAAUGUCCCAUUAGUUUUG